CUUGCGUGGCGUCACACCACCGCCCGGCGCAACUUCCGAGACGGACACCGCCUAUCUCCUCUCUCCCUCCGUCCGUCCAAGCAUGGACUAGUCAGAACGAACACGUUACACAGCCCAACCAAAGCCGUCACAUUCGAGAUCCGACCAUGGACAUGCCCACGGCGGCGUGCUCACCCUCCUCGUCGGCGCAGCCUCCGCCGUUGCCGUCAGCCGUCGAUGUGGCCGUUGACGCGCGGAAUGACGAGGUGCGGCGGCGCCAGCUCCUCGAUGCCGCCAUCGACGGCAACCUCGACCUCCUUGCCAGGAUGGCGCUGGAGUUGCUGCCGCCGGCGCCUAGCACCACGGGCGCGGACGCCACCGGCGUCUGGUCGACGUGCGGCAGGGCGCUGCACCUGGCCGCCGCCAACGGCAGGACGGACGUCUGCCGCUACCUUGUCCAGGACCUCGGCAUCCCCGUCGACUCCCUCUCCGACGAGCGCGAGACGCCGCUGCUCCUGGCGGCCACCUUCGGCCACACCGCCACCGCGGCAUGGCUCCUGGAGCGCGGCGCCAGCCCGCGCGCCCCGGACGUCGACGGCGAGACCCCGCUCCACUGGGCCGCCUACAACGGGGAUCGCGACCUGGCGAUGCUGCUCCUGUACAAAGGCGCCGACGUGAGCGCGGCCAACCCCCGGGGCACGGCGCUCCACGUCGCCGCCAUGCGGGGGUGCCCGGAAGUCGUCCGCGUCCUGCUGCGCCACGGCGCCGAUCCGAACAAAGUCGCCAGCCGUGUCUUCACGCCCUUGGUCUCGUCGCUUCUUGGUGGCUCCGUGGAAUGUAUGAAGCUGCUCAUUGAGGCUGGGGCUAAUGUUCAUGCCGGGGGAUUCACUGGAGCGACCCCUCUAUUGUUAGCGUGCAGCCGCCGUGGCAAUGUCGGAUUCGUCAAGUGCUUGUUGAAGGCUGGAGCAGAUCCAAACCUUCCCGACGAACUUGGUAGGUUGCCGAUAGAAAUUGCCGCGGUCCAAGCUGAGAAAAAACUCGUUCGACUUCUUUUUCCUGUGACUCGAUGCCCUCCAAACAUGCUUGAUUGGAGUGUUGCUGGCAUCAUGAGUUAUGUGAAAUCUGCUGCUUACAAGGAGCGGGUGAGAAAGGACUCUUGUAAGAGGAAAGCUGAACUAAAACUAGAAGGGAACAAGGCCUACACAGUCAAGGACUAUGACACGGCUAUACUUAUGUACAACUUGGCACUCAAGUUCGAUGACGCGAACGACAUAGAUGCCAGCAUAUAUUCAAAUAGGAGCCUCUGUUGGCUGCGCCUUGGUGUCGGCGACGAGGCGCUUUCGGAUGCCCAGGCAUGCAUCAGGUUUUGGCCUGACUGGGGGAAAGGCUACUACCGUGAAGGAGAGGCCUUUCGCUUCCUCGAGGAUUACACCAGCGCUUUCGCGUCGUUUAUGAAGGCGUCGGAGCUUGAUCCGCAGAACCCUAAGAUCGCUGGCGCACUUCGGGAUCUCUGGGAGCGCGCAAAGGAUGUCUCGGGUUCGCGCGUGUCGGGUCCUCCUGGGCUGUGAUCUGAUAGUCGAAGGCAAAAGUCGGGUUCCGCCUGGGCUGUGAUCUGAUAGUCGAAGAGUAUGAGCUCUUUUGUGCAGAGAGUAGACUUUGUUUCUUCGGCCGAAUAGAAGUCGAGGGCCAUGCUGAUGGGCCAACUGAAAAUGUAUGCAGCCAGUGCCUUUGUAUAAAGAGAAAAGUACCGUUUUCCUCCGAAA